AUGGCACCACUCGCGAUGUCAGAAUACUCUGUAUCCGAAAAGAGCACAGACGGAGGCCAUUAUCAUCACCAUCAUCAGCAGCAGCAGCAACCUCAAAUCACAACCGCCCAAUUAAACGUCCUCAUCGAUAAAUUCUGCCCCUACGCCACCGAAGUCGCCCAAAGAAUCCGCAAAGCCUCGAAGGAAGGUCUCCCAGUACCUCAAGAGUUGGUCAACAUCCCAGAUGCCACCACAAAACUCGUCGGAUUCCUUAAAAAUCUAAGACCUGCGGCCGGCUACUUCAAACCGGAAUUCACAGAAGCCCUCUACCUUAGGGUACUGGGUAUGCAAAGGGAUUACCAGGGACUUAGUCACAAUGUGGAUAUUUGGCUGUCCGGACAGAGGGCGAAGAAGAUUGUGAGGUUUAAGCCGGUGAAUGGUAAUAGACUGCCACCACCGCAGGCUUAUAGACAUCCUCACGCCCAUACCCAUGGUCACGGCCAUGGGGAUAGAGAUAGGGAAUAUAAUCCUUAUGUGGUUUCGAUGGUUGGACCUAAGGCAUUGCUAUGA